CGGCGAGAGGAGAGAUGGAGAACAGGAGAAGAUUGGGAGCCAUUCAGGUGAAAGCGGUGAACGAGCAAGCGAAUCUCGAAGUGAAUCUCCUCCAAAGACAGUCUCAACAACAUCCGCGCAGCCAACGCCCGCCUCGAGGAGCUCUCUAACGACCUCUCUCUUCGUCCUCAAGGUACGAAGAUGCUCGUACCACUCACCGCGUCCUCUCUACGCGCCUGGGAGACUUGAUGAAUGAUGAUGGUGGAACAAUCUUAACACACAGAGUUUUCUUUAACUCGUUUCUCGUGUAGUUAGUGACUAAGCAUCCAGUUUCGUCUAAGAUUGUUGUGGAGACAUGGAAUCUCCGUAUAGAAACAGAGCAAUGAGAAGAAGUAAGUCAACUCAGAUGGGUCCCAAGAGUUUCUCCUCUUAGGAAGAAAGACAACAAGUCUCUCUUUCUCUCUCUCUCUCUGUCUUCAUCUGAAAGUCGUUGACUUUGGUUGGUGGAGUGUCUCUUACUGACCAAACAAAACUAACCGCCAUUGAAAGUGCUCAAUGAUAAGACACAUCUCCUUGUACCAAACGUUUAAAAUUCCUGAAUUGCCCAUCCACCGAACAUGGAUAGAUGAGGAUGAGCAUCUUUGCGUCAUCUUCACAAAACCUUUUGUUGCUUUCCUGCUACCACACGAUUCCUAAGUCUCAUCUAACAAUGCCCUUUUAACCGCAGCAGAGGAAGAAGAAGAAGCUGAUCAUGGCUUCGGUCUGCGUUAAUGAUGCUUUAACCGACGACGAGCUGAGAUGUGUAUUGUCCAAGCUAGACAGAGACAAAGACAAGGAAGUGUUCAGUCUUGUCUGCAAGAGGUGGCUAUAUCUGCAGAGCACAGACCGGAAGAAGCUGGCGGCGCGUGCUGGUCCACACUUGCUUGGCCGUCUCGCCCUCAGGUUCACUCAAAUCGUCGAGCUGGACUUCUCUCAGUCAGUCUCCAGGUCGUUUUAUCCAGGUGUCACUGAUUCUGACCUCACUGUCAUAGCCGAGGGGUUUAGGUGUCUCAGAGUUCUCAAUCUCCACAACUGCAAAGGUAUUACAGAUACUGGUUUGGCCUCAAUAGGGAGGUGUCUUUCUUUACUGCAGUUUCUGGAUGUAUCAUACUGCAGAAAACUCUCAGACAAAGGACUAUCAUCUGUUGCAGAAGGCUGCCAUGACCUAAGGACAUUGCAUCUAGCUGGUUGUCGUCUCAUCACCAACGAGUCUCUAAAAUCACUCUCUGAGAGAUGCCGUGACUUGGAAGCUCUCGGCCUUCAAGGCUGCACCAAUAUCACUGAUUCAGGCCUUGCUGAUCUUGUAAAAGGAUGCAGAAAGAUAAAAAGUUUGGAUAUCAAUAAAUGCAGCAAUAUAGGAGAUGCUGGAGUAACCAGUGUGGCCAAAGCUUGUGCAUAUUCACUCAAGACGCUCAAGUUGCUUGACUGUUACAAAGUUGGGAACGAAUCUAUAUCGUCUCUUGCUCAGUUUUGCAAGAAUUUGGAGACUCUGAUCAUCGGUGGAUGCAGAGACAUCUCUGAUGAAUCUAUCAUGUUACUUGCACAUUCUUGUAGAGACAGCCUCAAGAACCUGAGGAUGGAUUGGUGCUUGAACAUAUCUGACUCUUCCCUUACUUGUAUUCUGAAGCAGUGCAAGAACUUGGACGCUCUUGAUAUCGGUUGCUGUGAAGAGGUUACAGACAAUGCUUUCCGUGAUUUGGGGAGUGGUGAUGUUAUGGGUUUGAAGGUUUUGAAGGUGAGUAACUGUCCCAGGAUCACAGUGAAAGGGAUAGGCAAGGUUUUGGAGAAAUGCAAGUCCCUGGAGUAUAUAGAUGUAAGGUCUCUUCCUUAUGUGACAGAGGUAAGAUGCAGUGAGGCUGGCCUAGAGUUCCCUAAAUGUUGUAAAGUUAACUUCUCUGGAAGUUUAACCGAACCAGAUGUUCUGUUGGGAUACUCUAGUCUGCCCUAAACCCUUUGUAAUCUCUCUUUAUAUAUCUCUCUGUGUAUGAAUGUGAUCAUGGCUUAUGGUCCAUCAAUGAGUACAUUUUGUGCAUUGUAUA